AUGGAGGAAACAACGCGUAGGAUUGAUAAUCGCUUCGAGACUGGUCUGCUGUGGAGAUCCGACUUCGUAGAACUACCCGACAGUUAUCCCAUGGCUCUUCGACGUUUAGAGUGUCUUGAGAGGCGAAUGGCACGAGACCCGCUCCUCAAGGAAAACAUCCACCGUCAAAUUAGCGAAUACCAGGAGAAAGGGUAUGCCCAUCGAGCGACCAAAAGUGAGCUGUUGAAAGCUGAUCCUAGACGGAUAUGGUAUUUGCCACUAGGUGCUGUUUGUAAUCCAAAAAAGCCGGGAAAGACUCGAUUAAUAUGGGAUGCAGCAGCAAAGGUCGAUGGUGUAUGUUUGAACUCCGCUCUUUUACCUGGGCCCGACCUACUUGUUCCACUUCCUUCCGUGCAGUUUCGCUUCCGACAGUAUCCGGUGGCGGUGAGCGGUGACAUCAGAGAGAUGUUUCACCAAGCGAGAGUUAUAGAACGAGAUCGUCCGGCACAGAGUUUUCUUUUCCGUGAUAAUCCUAAAGAUGAGCCCACCGUUUUCAUUAUGGACGUCCUCACCUUUGGAGCCACAAGUUCCCCGUCAUCCGCUCAAUUUGUAAAAAACCGCAAUGCGGAUGAAUUCGCCGAUCGGUAUCCACGAGCAUCAGAGGCGAUUCGUAAGUGCCACUAUGUUGACGAUUACCUGGAUAGCUUUGAGUCGAUCGACGAGGCGAAAGCGGUAGCAGGCGAAGUUAGGUGGAUCCACUCAAAGGGCGGAUUUGAAUUGAGAAAUUGGGCGUCGAACCAACAAGGCGUCCUGGAGUAUCUAGGAGAAACACCAAAGCAAGGCGUCAAGGACCUCGCCUUGAAAACUGAUACUGAACGCGUUUUGGGAAUGCUAUGGCAUACGGAAGAAGAUGUUUUGAAAUUUUCUAUGACGUUCCGAGAGGAAAUCGCAACGCUUAUCAACACCGGUGCAAGGCCAACGAAGCGUCAAGUAUUAAAGUGCAUAAUGAGCCUCUUCGACCCUUUAGGCCUGCUGGCUGGUGUACUCGUUCAUGGGAAGAUAAUGAUGCAGGACAUCUGGAGGAGUGCGAUUAAGUGGGAUGAAUGCAUUGAUGACCAAAUCUACGAGAAAUGGGCGAAGUGGGUUGAGUUGCUGGUACUAGUUAACGAAGUCCGAGUUCCACGGUGCUACUUCGAUAAAGCGAGCGCCGAUAUCUACGAUACUUUGGAUGCCCACGUUUUCGUGGAUGCAAGCGAAGCAGCAUAUUCCGCUUUGAUAUACUUUCGUGUUAUUGGAUCAGAAGGGGUAGCUGAAUGCGCUUUGGUAUCGGCCAAAACAAAAGUUGCUCCGUUGAAAUACGUAUCGAUCCCUCGAUUGGAGUUGAUGGCUGCAGUUCUAGGAGUACGACUUCUUGCAUUCGUGCGUGAAAAUCAUACCGUCAAGAUCAAUCGUUGCAUCUACUGGUCUGACUCUGAAGUAACGUUGGCGUGGAUUCGGUCGGAACAUCGGAAAUACCGUCCAUUUGUAGCAUGCCGCGUGGGAGAGAUCUUAUCAGCGACCAGCGUCAAAGAAUGGAGAUACGUCCCGAGCAAACUCAACGUCGCCGACGAUGCUACGAAGUGGAGUGUUGAAUCAUGCCCUAAACUAUCGGGCCGCUGGUUUAAUGGACCACCGUUUUUACGACAGUCCGAGAUAAUGUGGCCUAAACAGAAAAACAUCGAUACUACGAAUGAGGAGCUUCGAGCGUGUUUCCUGCACCAAGAUGUAUCAACACUGCGCAGUCCUAUAAAGUUUGAACGGUUUUCCAAAUGGGGUCGACUCUUGCGAACAACUGCCUACGUUAUACGAUUCAUCUCAAAAUUAAGGCGCAAAGAAAUAACCGAAAACUGCUCUAAUUCGAACCUGAAGACUGAAGAACUACAAGCAGCAGAGGUGAUGAUCUGGAAGCUGGUUCAAGCGGAGUCCUAUGGUGACGAAGUGAUAGUCCUUUCCAAGAAUAAGAAGCUCCCGAGAGAUAAACAACUGGGACUUGAGAAAACAAGCCAACUAUGGAAUCUAACGCCAAUAAUGGAUGACAAAGGCGUACUAAGAGUGGACGGGCGCAUUGCCGCGGCAAGAGUAUUGGCUGUCGACGUUAAGUUUCCUAUAAUACUACCGAGGAAGCAUCACGUUUCCCUUCUGCUUCUCGACGAUUACCAUAGGAGAUUGCUACAUGGAAAUUAUGAAACUGUAGUCAACGAAGUGCGCCAACGUUUUCACAUUCCCAGACUACGAACAACGGCGCGAAGUGUGGCAGGUCGCUGUCAGUGGUGCAAAGUGUACAAAGCUCGUCCGGUGGUUCCAAUGAUGGGUCCACUUCCAGCCGCUCGUCUGUCACCAGGUGUGCGCCCGUUUAGCUAUGUUGGCAUCGACUAUUUCGGGCCAAUCUUAGUGAAAGUUGGUCGUGCCGCAGUAAAAAGAUGGAUUUGUUUGAUAACGUGUUUAACAAUACGUGCUGUACACGUUGAAGUAGCUUUCGACCUUUCGACCAAAUCCUGCAUCGCAUGUAUCCGCCGUUUUGUUUGCCGACGAGGAGCGCCAGUUGAAAUAUAUUCCGACAAUGGUCGGAACUUUACCGGAGCGGAUCGCGUGUUACGGGACCAAAUCGAGAACAUCGAGCUAAAUGCAGCGACGACCUUCACGAAUACGACGACGAAGUGGUUGUUCAUACCGCCAUCUGCUCCCCACAUGGGAGGAUCGUGGGAACGCAUGGUGCGCUCCAUCAAGAAUGCUAUGACUACCAUGCCUCAGAACGAAAAGCUAGACGAUGAAGGAUUACAGACCCUUAUAGUGGAGGCAGAAGCGGUAGUUAACUCUCGUCCACUGACUUACUUACCGCUGGAUUCAGCAGAACAAGAGGCGCUAACGCCCAACCACUUCAUCCUAGGCAGUUCAACUGGAGUGAAUUAA